AAAAAUAAAGAAAGCUAUGUUGUUUAGUUUUUUAAGAAAAUUUCGUAAUAUUAAUGCAAUAAAGUGUAAUAUAAUAAAAAAUAUAAUUAUAAAAAUUUGUAAAUGAAUUUGAAAGAGAUAAUAUGAAGAAUAUCGUAUUUUUUAUUUUUUUUGCUAUUUAUUGGCGAUUUUCAAUUCCUUUGGAUUCAAUAGGAUUUUCUGUGGAACAAUCCACGAAGGAUUGUACAGCUCUUGCUAGAGAUGAUAUAACACUGCUAGUGUUUUCAACAUUGGGAGGCGGAUUAAUAGCUAUCGAUUCAAUAACAAGCGAAAUAAAAUGGUCAAUAGAGGAUGAACCGGCAAUCAAAGCAGAGCGUGAAUCUCAUUCUCCAUUGCCACGAAUAUUACCAAAUCCAAAAGAUGGAAGUUUAUACCAGUUGGAUAUGUUGGGAAAUUUAAAAAAACUGCCUUUUACUGUACCACAGCUUGUUGCAAAUGCCCCAUGUCGUUCUUCGGAUGGUAUUUUGUAUUCUGGAAAGAAAAGUGAUUCAUGGUAUUUGGUAGACCCUAAAACUGGUGAUCGCGAAAAAGUAAUGGGCUUCAGUCAUAAAGAUGAAGAUAUUGAAAAACUAGAGUAUGGUAAAAUAGGAUGCACAACAUCAUGUUCCGUUUAUUUAGGUAGAACGCAGUAUACUGUAAUGAUGUUAGAUAGUUUAUCAAAAAAUAAAAACUUGAAACCUUGGAAUAUAACGUUUUAUGAUUAUUUAUCACAUGUCAUGGCACCAGAAUCUUCAAGUGAUUAUGGAUAUAUUCAUUUAACAGCUUCUUCUUCGGGUGUUGUAGCUACUUUAAAUAAACAAGGAAGCUUAUUAUGGAAAAAAGAUUUAGGUAGUCCCAUUAUUUCAGCAUAUUUGCUUGGAAAAGAAGGAUUAUUGAGCGUGCCUUUUACAACUGUUGCAGAUAAUGUCUUAGAGAGCAUUGUUCAAGAUGCCAGGGAUGAUACAAUUAAUGAAAUAAAAUUAUCACAAUCCAUUUAUAUUGGAGAGCAUUCUCAUGGUUUCUAUGCUCUUCCAUCAUUAGUCGACGAAGAUACAGCCCGAUUGACAUCGGUAACAAACAUAAAAUUGCUUGAAGGACCAGAUAAAAAGGAUGAUCGCGUUAAACCAAACAGCAUCUAUAUUACAGAUUACUCCAUUUUAGGACACUACGAUAUACAUUCGAAGGUUACUGUUGACGAUUCAGUGCAUAAUAGCAAGGAGGUUUCCUCAAAUUUUCAGCAAAUAGAAUUUAACAAAGAUUUUGUCAAAGCAGCAGAAAAUAGUUGUUUUUAUUUUAAUCACAGCAACAAUGCACUCUCCAAUUCAAGUCAUAUAACAAAAUUUUUAUAUGAUGCCAAGGCUUGGUUACCUUACUCACGUAAUGACAAUGUUUAUCAAUUAUUGUUAAUAGUAAUUCUUCUGAGUAUAACUUUAAUGUGGUAUGCUGGCUGCUCAUCUCGGCAAGUAUAUUUUACAUAUUUGAGUGGCUCGCAAUCUUCUAGCUUUAGAAAAAGUAGUAAACAUCCUUUCAGUUAUAAAGCCUUGGAAGAACUAGGGGAUGGACAAGUUCGAGUUGGUAAAAUAAUUUUUGAUCCGGAAAAAAUUUUAGGCAAAGGAUGUGAAGGAACUUUUGUUUUUCGGGGAACAUUUGAGAAACGUAAUGUUGCAGUCAAAAGACUUCUUCCUGAAUGUUUUACUUUUGCUGACAGGGAAGUUGCUCUGUUGAGAGAAAGUGAUACGCACGAGAAUGUAAUAAGAUACUUUUGUACUGAACAAGAUCGACAAUUCCGGUACAUUGCUUUAGAACUAUGCGCUGCCACAUUGCAAGAUAUUAGUGAAGGCUCCCGUUGUCAUGAAUUGUGUUCUGUUAUCGAUUUGUGGGAUAUAUUAAAACAAGCCACAUCUGGGUUAUCUCACUUGCAUUCUUUAAAUAUAGUACACCGAGAUAUAAAGCCUCAAAAUGUAUUACUAUCAUUUCCUGACUCAAAUAAUAUGGUACGGGCAAUGAUUUCUGAUUUUGGCUUAUGUAAGAAGUUGAAUCAUGACAGUAAAAGUUUUUCGCGCCGAUCAGGUAUAACAGGAACUGAAGGUUGGAUAGCACCAGAAAUGAUUUUGGGAAAAAGAACUACAACAGCGGUGGAUAUUUUCUCGCUUGGCUGCGUAUUUUAUUAUGUUUUAACCAGAGGUUACCACCUGUUUGGUGAUACACUUAAAAGGCAGGCUAAUAUUCUAGCAAACGAAUACAAUUUGUGUGAAUUACAAAACAAAAACUGUGAAAACUUGGAAAAAAGCAAAUUGAUCUUAGCAGAGCAGCUUAUUGAAGAUAUGAUACAGCAUGAAUCAGAAAAAAGGCCUGAUGCUGAAGCAGUACAUGCUCAUCCUUUGUUUUGGAGUGAAGAAAAAAUUUUGAUAUUCUUGCAAGAUGUUAGCGACAGAGUAGAGAAACUUACAGUAGAUGUAGAACCACUUUGUUAUUUAGAAAAAAAUGGUUGCAUGAUUGUUAACAACGAUUGGAGUUUGUAUUUAGAACCAGAAAUAAUAAAUGAUUUAAGAAAAUAUCGAGGUUAUAUUGGCGUUAGCGUACGAGACUUAUUACGUGCUUUGAGAAACAAGAAACAUCAUUAUCAUGAACUUUCUCCUGAAGCUCAGCAAAUGCUUGGAAGUUUACCGAAAGAAUUUACAAAAUAUUGGAUUUCUAAAUUUCCAUAUCUGUUGCAACAUGCUUAUCACGCUUUAAGUUUCUGUUCUAAUGAAAAUCUCUUUAGGUGCUAUUACAAUCAUAAAUUUUCAUUUUCAAAGCCUUCUUAUUUCAAUCAAAAAACUGAUAAUGAUUUCUUCUUAUUAGCAAGUAAUAAUAAAUUUUAUUCUAAUGCGAUAUGUCCCACACGUGGUCUUAAUAGAAAUAAUAAAAGGAAUUUUGCAAAAAAAUAUAAAAAUGGACAAAAAAACUCUAAAAUUAAUCAAAAUGCAAUAAAAUCAAACAUUGACACAUGCGAGGAAAGUAAAAACAUCGAAAACAUACAAAACUGAAACAAAAACCUUUAAAAAAUGAUAUUAGAUUACUGAUUUUAAAUAAGGUAUUUUUUAUAAAGAAAAUUUGAGAAAUAUUGUGUGAAACUUUCGUUUAAUUUUGUGAGAAUUCAGUAUGGAGUUUUUAUCAUAUAGGCUGUAGAAAACGGACCCAACCUUCCGUUAUAAAAAUUAAUUUUUCAUUUGAAGGUUUUUCUAUUCAUAGAUAAUGAUAAAUAAUUUGCUGAAAAGUAGUUUGUGCUUCAGCUCACACAAUUUAUUUUUAAUAUAACAAUUUUAAUAUAAAAUGAAGUGAUAAUAUUACUAAAUUUAAAAAGGUUUAUCUUUUUUUCCAUUAUGAAUCUAAUUUUGAAAUUCAAUUUUCUUAUUCGCUUUUUUCCUCUUACUUCGUUAUAUAUUAAAUGAUCGAUUAUGCUCUAUACAUCAUAUAGAAUUUAGUGAGUGUAUGUGUGCUCAUAUUACGAUAAGUUUAAGAUUAAAAUUACUGUUGAUACCGGCAAAUAAAGUUCAUUAAAAAAUAUAUAUUAAGGCUUCGAAAAUGCGCCCAUAAACAUGAGCUUUGCAUAGUAUUGCAUUAAAUUUGUUAUACAUUGUUCAAAAAUGUUUCCUGCACAUAAUUGAUAUGUAAAGUAAAAAAAAAUCUAACCUUUUUUAUACGUAAUUACCAAAAAUAAACAAUUUAUAAAACAGCAUGUAAUUUUCAAAAGUGAAGUACAGUAAAAAUAUUUUAGAACUUACUUUCGCUCUUGAUCUUUCUCUUAUUACUUAAAUCCUCUUUCUCUUAUUGGUCUUGAUUCAAAAAGUCUUGUUUUUAUUUUAAUUUAUUCAAAAUUAAAAUUUUAAUUGUUUGUCUGUUUUUAUUAGAAGCCUUUGACAGCCCAAAGUUUGUUAUGAAGAACUAGGCACUAAUGUACACAUACAACUCUACUUGUAUAAGAAAGAAAAAAAAUAAUGCAGAUUACAAAGUAAUAAAUCGUAUAACUACGCAGAUUAAAAAUCGCAUGAUUGCAAACGUAGUUGCAUUUAUCAGUUGAAAUACAAUAUAUGAAACUAUAACCAAAAUAUUGUUACUCUAUACCACUCUUUGUUAAAUUUUUAUGUCAUAAUUUUUUGAUUAUUAACAAAAAAGCAUUUUAUCUCUGAACUUUCCAAAUAAAUAAAUUUUAAAUUUAUAAAUAUAUGUAUUAUAAUUGUCGAAAUAUUCACGCAGGGCAUCUUUAUAAAAAGGUAGCUCCACUGUCAAAGUUCACCUAUAGCCCGGUUAUAUAAUUUACUUAAUUUCCUGAAAAAACAAUAGUCAAAAUAUAAGCCGAGUGCGUAUAUUGAAUGAUAUAUAAAUUGAUUUAUUUGUUUUUAUCUUAAUUUACUAUU